AUGUCCCGCUACAUCACCGCUCACCAAAGCCCGGAGGGCCCCGGAGACUCUCGGCCCAGAGCGAUCCAAAUCAUCGAGGAUGAGGACUUGCGUCUCAAGCUCCAGGGAAAGUCGGUCUUCAUUACUGGAGCCAACCAGGGUAUUGGGCUGGAAACGGCCCGGGCCUUGCACGCAACAGGAGCAACUGUUUACCUGGGAGUCAGAGAUUUGGCCAAAGGUCAAGAGGCGAUCAACGAUAUUUUGGCCUCAGAGACCUCGACAGGUGCCCCCUUACACCUGAUCAAAAUUUCACUCGACUCAUUGCAGUCAGUCCGAGAUGCUGCAAACACUCUUCAAAGCCAAACCGACAAACUCAACAUCUUGAUCCUCAACGCUGGUGUUAUGGCUACACCCGAAGGCAGGACCGUUGAUGGCUUUGAAACACAGUUCGGCAUCAACCACCUCAGCCACUUUCUGCUGUUCCGACUCCUGGAUCCUUUGCUCCUUGCAGCUGUGACCCCUACCUUCCACUCACGGGUCAUCUGCGUUUCAUCCAUGGCACACCGUGCGGGUGGAAUCCGUUUCCACGACAUCAAUUUCGAAGAGAAAGGCUCGUAUCACCCAUGGGUCGCCUACGGACAGUCAAAGACGGCCAACAUUUACAUGGCGAAUGAAAUUGAGAAGCGUUACGGGGGCAAGGGCUUGCAUGCCCUUUCCCUGCACCCCGGCGGCAUCCAGACCAACCUCUCCCAGCACCUGGAUCAGGACACCAUCGCCGCGUUGGGCGCGAAUCCGGAGCUGCAGAAACAGAUGAAGAGCGUCGCCCAAGGCGCGGCCACAUCUGUCUACGCCGCUGUCAGCAAGGAGUGGGAAGGCCGGGGCGGACGCUAUCUCAGCAACUGCAUCGAACAGGGGCCGGCGGCGGAGACGUCGGGUUCCAUGUCCACUGAUGAAGGCCACGCGCAAUGGGCUUAUGAUGAGAGUGCUGCAGCCAAGUUGUGGGCAAUCUCCUGUGAAAUGGUUGGCUUGGUGGAGGAGUGA